AUGCUGUCGAGGUUAGCGCCGCAAAGGGCGGGAGCCCAAGCAGCAGCCCUGCUGCGGCGGAGGAUAGUACCAGCAGCAGUUAGUGCAGCCGAAGCACCGGUGACCCGGCAGCUCGUCCGGCAACAACGGCGCACCUUCGUCUCGGCGCCCAAGAAAGGCGACGGCCCACUGCUAGAGCGGCGACCAGACCGCGAACUCCCAGACCUCGACAAAAUCACCUUCCGCUGGUCCCGCACGCUCCCGCUCUUCGCGGCCGUCAUCGCCGUCGCCUCGCUCGCCAUCUUCAACUACCAGAAGCUCUCGAGCCCCGUGGUCGGGGCCACGCUGUACGCGCUGCGCACGUCGGACAAGGCCCGCGCGCACCUGGGCGACGAGAUCUACUUCGCCCAGCAGAUCCCCUGGAUCUCGGGCGAGAUGAACCAGCUGCACGGCCGCAUCAACAUCAGCUUCCGCGUCAAGGGCACGCGCGCCGGCGGCGUCAUGCGCUUUGCAAGCUACCGGCCGACACCGAGGGGCCUGUUCGAGACGACCGAGUGGAGUCUGGAGACGGAUGAUGGGACCGUGAUUGAUUUGCUUGAGGAUGGGGAUCCAUUCAAGGGCAUUGUCGCGGAGAUUGAGGACGAUGAGGAGGAGAUCGUGCAGGGGGCGGCAGCGACGAGGGGGUUCAGGCAGCAGAUGAAGAAGUAG